AUGAACGACAUCAAAACCGCCGCCAACAGCCUCUUGACCGCAUACAUCAAGGACACGCCAAAGUCCUUGAAGUUGAUUGAUAGUUACAUGGUCUAUGUGCUGUUGACCGGCAUCAUCCAGUUCGUCUAUGUCGUCAUUGCAGGAACUUUCCCCAACAACGCCUUCUUGGCCGGAUUCAUCUCGACCGUCGCCUCUUUUGUUCUUGCUGCCAACCUCCGUAUCCAGACCAACCCCAAGAACGCCUCUCAGUUCCCCACCACCAGCCCUGAAAGAGCAUUCGCCGACUUUUUGGCCUGUAACGUUGUAGUCCACUUUGCCGUUGCCAACUUCCUCGGUUAA